AUGAAGUUUUAUGCUGAUAAAAAGAGGACUGACAGAGAAUUUGCAGUUGGUGACAUGGUGGUUGACAGGAUUGGAAAGGUUGCUUAUAAGCUGGCACUACCCCCAAGUUCAAAAGUGCAUCCAGUGUUUCAUGUUUCCUUGCUUAAGAAGAAGGUGGGUACAAGAAUAGUGGUGCAAUCUGAGCUACCUCCUACUGGUGAAGAUGGUCAAUUCCUUGUUCAACCAGUGGCAAUUCUACAAAGACAAAUGGUGAAGAAGAACAAUGUUGUUGUGAUCAAAGUAUUAGUGCAAUGGUCCAAUUUACCACCUGAAGAUGCCACUUGGGAAGACUAUCAGUUCCUCAAUGCUAAAUAUCUAAAUUUUGAUUCCCAUCUUUGA